CCUCCCUCUGCUGCUGCUUCUGCCGACUGAGGGAGCGGAGCGGCUCGUCGCGCGGCCGGAGGGACCCUCAGCUUCGUCGGCCCGACGCCUCGCCUCGCCGCCGCAGCCCGCCUUCCCCGCUUCGUCGGAGCGGCAGCGACGUCGUCAGAUUUCUUUUCUAAUUAAAAUGUCUAAUGGUUAUGAAGAUCACAUGGCUGAAGACUGCAGGGACGAUAUCGGGAGGACAAACUUAAUUGUGAACUACCUUCCUCAGAACAUGACCCAGGAUGAAUUACGGAGCCUGUUCUGCAGCAUUGGGGAAGUUGAAUCCGCCAAGCUUAUUCGAGACAAAGUGGCAGGUCACAGCUUGGGUUACGGCUUUGUGAACUACGUCACAGCGAAAGAUGCCGAAAGAGCCAUAAACACACUGAAUGGCUUGCGACUCCAGUCCAAAACUAUCAAGGUUUCAUAUGCCCGCCCAAGCUCUGAGGUUAUCAAAGACGCAAACCUGUACAUUAGCGGACUGCCGCGGACAAUGACACAGAAAGAUGUUGAGGACAUGUUUUCACGGUUUGGACGCAUUAUCAACUCGCGCGUGCUGGUUGACCAGACUACAGGUCUGUCCAGAGGGGUGGCGUUCAUCCGGUUCGACAAGCGCUCGGAAGCCGAAGAGGCCAUUUCGAACUUCAACGGCCACAAGCCCCCUGGCUCCUCCGAACCCAUCACGGUGAAGUUCGCCGCCAACCCCAACCAGAACAAAAACGUAGCACUGCUGUCGCAGCUGUACCACUCCCCAGCCAGACGGUUCGGGGGCCCUGUCCACCACCAGGCUCAGAGAUUCAGGUUCUCUCCUAUGGGUGUAGAUCACAUGAGUGGGCUUUCUGGUGUAAAUGUCCCAGGAAACUCCUCUUCGGGAUGGUGCAUCUUCAUCUACAACCUCGGCCAAGAUGCCGAUGAGGGAAUCCUCUGGCAGAUGUUUGGCCCCUUUGGCGCGGUGACUAAUGUCAAAGUCAUCCGCGACUUCAACACCAACAAGUGCAAAGGAUUUGGCUUUGUGACAAUGACAAACUAUGAAGAAGCCGCCAUGGCCAUAGCGAGUCUUAACGGCUACCGGCUGGGGGACAAAAUCUUGCAGGUUUCCUUCAAAACCAACAAAUCCCACAAAUAAUUUCGCUCGUGGCUUUUCUUUUUUUUGUAUGGAAUAGAUAAGUGACGGAAAAAGUUUGAAACCUUUCUUUUUUUUGUUUCCGUUAGUGUACAACUCGAUUCUUCUUCUCUUUUUUUGUUUUGCGCCAGUUUUCACACAAAGAAAGUUGUUUGUCUUUAGUCUAAAUGAGAAGUGGGAUAAAAGGGUUUUUAUAUAUUCUUGGGAUGCCACCAACAUGUUCAAAUGUUUCGGGUUGUUUUUUUUUUUUUUUUAAGUCCUGCAAUUGUUUUAUCGGUUUUUAAUUUUAGAUGGUUCUGCUCCAUGACCUUGUCCCCGAGCCAAAAAUAAUAAUAAUACAUACAUCUAUCUAUAUAUAUAUCUCAACAAUUACCAAGUAGAAUCCAGACCAGCCCUGAAAACGGCCAGGCUUGCUUUCCCUUAAAAGGUUAGCUGUUGAUUUCACUGCCAGGACAGGGGCAUUUCAACCAAGCUUCAACAUAACGUUGCCCCUGGUAGCCGAGGGCAAAGCUUGGAAACUGGAAUUUUUAGUUAGCGGAAAAGUUUGUUAAUCCGCAGAAGGAAAGUGUCUGUAAAGAGACUCUGGUAAACGAGAGCGUGCCAGCGUUCAGUUAACGCCAUUGACCAAGUUCAUUGGUCAACAGGCGCAUUAUUAUUUUUAAUGUCAAAUUGGAACAGCUUUUUUAGCCCGUCCCUGCCCCCAGUUUCCAAUAAGAAUGGACCAAAGAGUUUCAGAGAAACUCUGGGAAGAUUUCAGAGUAAAAAUGAAACUCCAAACCCAGCGUUGCCACAUCCUUGGAGUUCUUCCCUCCAGGUAGCACAUUGUAUUGUGUUACGUUCUGGUCAGAUAAAUGUGGCAUGAUCUAACAUUAACUUCCUUUCAAAUAUAAUUUUUUAGUUCGAAUUCUUGCAUCCUUAGGGUUUUUUUUUUAAUAUAUAUAUAAAGCUGUUAAUGAACAUUUGAGCAUUGUCAUUUUUUUGCAUCCCUUCUAAUAAGUACUAGACGAUUUCCCCCACUAUUUUAAUAGGGGUUUGUUCUGACGAUAGCUUUACAUAUUUGAACUCUCAGCAGAAAAGUACAUUAAAACUUGGAAGGUAGAGAUUUAAGAGAGAAAAUAAAUGAUUAUUUUUUUCUUUUUUGGGGUAGACUUAUACGAUUUUAAUUAAUCCCCUGAGUUUUCUGCAGGCUGCCUUGAAACUUUGAGUUCUGUUUUCUGUUAAUUUUCUUUUGCUUUUUUGUGUUUUUGUUUGUUUUUACUUUUGCAUUUAAGACCAAUUAAAUUUGAUUUGGUUUUGCUCAAAUUUUGUUUUGGUUUGUUAUUUUAAUUUUUAACCCCCACUCCAUAUUAUUACACAGCGUCCGACACGAAAGAUUAACAGCAGCUCUUUUCCCCGGUAGGAACGAUCUGGUGUUUCUAAAGUGCCACAAUGAUAAACCCGACCAGUUAGGAGACUUGAGGGCUUACAUAUACGAAUCCUCUGCAACCAGUUUUGACAUAGCGAGGGUUUGUAAGGGCACAAGAGUUUUCCAGAAAACACGUAGGCAGUAGGUCCAUAGAGUGUGCAAAAAGCAGAAAGGUUGUGCCCAAGGGAACCCUGAUCCAAUCCUAAGAAUGACCUAAGUCUGCCACACACCACAUUUGAGAAGCCCCCUUGUGCAUGCCCGGUGAGGGGCUCGGUCAUUGCAUCCUGGAGUCCUCCACCAGUCUCCAUCCUUUUCGAGCCUGCCCCAAGGCUGCCUGCAUCUACAGCCGCACCACAACCAUUCUCUGCCACCGCACUGAGGACUGGCCAGGAGGACUUGGAGCGGCCCCUUGGCGCAGCAGGAGAGGGUUGCCUCAGACUGGCUACACCACCCACGCCCGUAAAUCCGCCGUCAGAAAAAGGACUUGCUGGCAAAGCCUGCAAGUUGCAAUUCCGAGGGAGAUUUCGGGCCCUUUCCUGGCUUUGAGUGGCCGUCUUUCAUAACAAUGCUGUUCCAGCCAGCACACAGGAGUUGGGAUUUCUGUAUCCUUAUGAUGCUUUUUGUGUGUACACCUUAUGACAUUUCUCGUACAUCUUCGUUAUGCAAAGGCAAUUUCUUUGUAGGAAACGAUGCCCUUGCAUAUCUUCAUCAGGAAACUUCUUAACAACGUUCCAAGUAACUUGCUUGGCUUCUGAGAGAGUGCAUCACCUCAUUAACCAAUUUCUUGAGGUCUCAGAUGUACACCACACAUAUAUGAUGUUCUUCUUCUCUUACAAACUAAGCAGACCCUCUAGAUAACGGCUUCCCUAAUUACCCAUCCUCUUGGAGGUUUUCAUCGCGAUUUCUGGCAUCUUUCUGGAAAUGCUCUGAUCAUUAAGAAGUCUUUGGCCUGUGGAAACAAUCCAGCAAGAUGGAUUUACAGAACAGCUUGAACUAUAAGCCUUCUUGCUAGUUUGCUUGGUGUGUUUUGUUGUCGUGGACUUCUCAAAGUCCCGAGACAAUCCACAUCUCUGCUGUGUGCCGUUCUCAAUAUCGGUUGAUCACAAACCGCAUUCGUUCAGCCUUUGCUUCCUUUCCCCUCCCUCCUGCCAGUGUCCCUUUGCCAUUCCCACAGGAAAUGUUGGGGUUGUAAACUGGGAACUGACCUGAUACCCUAUUCAGACCCAGUUCAGCUGUUUGGAAUCAAGGACGUGGCGCCAGCUGGCGUUUCUGAGAGCACCACUGCGGACUCUCGCUAGGUAAUGCUCUCUCUAUUGCAGUCCCUGGGCAUCUCGCAAGAGUACGAGGGCACAAUUCAGUUUGGAGUUUCCUUUGCAAACCUCACCGAAACGAAUACCAUCUUGUGGAAGCUACCCUUUAAUUUCAGUGGGUUUGGCAUCCAGGCACACUUUUCCAGUGGAUUGCGUUCUUGGAUAUGCCCAGUAGCAUUCAAAGACAGCUCUUCAGAGCCACUUUUACAGAGCCUUCUUAAGUCACCUGGAAGUCUUCAGCAGCGAAUGUCCUUGUGGCAUCGUUGUUUUCUCUUUUUAAGAACUCUAAUGCUUCUUCCUUCGUUUCUCCCCUUUUAAUGCCGCUUCGUAUGGAAAGCGCUGUGCUUUAUACGCUGGGUGGUCGUAGCUUGUCAGGAAUUGCUUCUGUUCCUCCUAUAUUUGUGCCCCGCUGCCUUUCAGGUAAUGGAUUUUUUUGUCCAAUCAGGAAGCGUCUGCUCGCAAGUCUAUUGGUAGCUCAGUUUUGGAUCUUGUAGGUUCUCGUGGUCCUUGCAUUUAUAACCUUUUCUCUGCUUCACUUUGCGUCUUCCCGGAGUCUUGUCCUGGUUGCCAUCUGCCCAAACCUUCCCAGGACUCACAUUCUCCUGUGCUGUCUUCAUCCUGGCAGGUCUGCAGCAGCUCUUGAACUCCUAAGUAUAUUUCCAGGUAAUGUUUGGAAGGGCUCCCAUCAAGGGCAAAACUGCAUUGGAAGUCCAUUUCCGAAUCUGAUGUAGACCUAAAAAAAAGGGUUAUCAGAAAAGCCCCUAAGUAAUCACAUCAUUGGGCUCUCCUACUGUAUGGCGACUCUACAGCUGCAGUUACUUUUUGUAUUUUCAUUAGAUUGCUUCCCUGACCCCAUGAAAAUCUUAUUGCACUAAAACAGCAUCCCCCCCCCCAAAUGGAAUCAGUUGCAAAAGGUGCCAAAUAUCUCUGUGUUUGUCUCAUCCUGGAAUAACAGCAUCCUCUUGUUCUUCGUUGAGUUCCAGCUUGAGUUCCUCUUGGGCGAAUAUCGCAGCUUUGCCUCCCAAUCCUCCAGAGUUGCCUUCAUGCAGAUAUCGACGAGAGCUACAGGUGCGCUCAAUCAAUAUGAAUCGACAGCAGUCAAAUAAGUGGAUUAGGGCCCGUUCUUGACAAGACCGCAAACGGUUGGAUUUCAUUUCUUCUACAUGCCUCCUCUCUCGGGGAAGAGUUGCUCUCAACCCUGGGCACAGAAGUCUCUCAAUCCACAAAGCCCUGCAAGGAGAUAAAGAUCACUCUGUGGAGUCCGUGCUUAAAGCAUUGCCUUCCUGUCACCCCACAGCUUCCUCUCGGUGCCAGACCCAAUUCUGCAAAGCCCGCCAGCGCACGCUGAGCUGGCUAGAGGGAGCCUGAGCCGCUGCGUUUCACUGAAUCGCUGGCUUAAGCUGCCAGCAGUAAAAGGCUCUUCCCACCCCAAGCUGGCAAAAGCCAUCACUUGUGUCAGAAUGCAGAGAUGGCAGGGAAAGUCAGUUCGUGGAAUUGGAAUACUUCCUGCAUGUGGUAUGUGAGAUUAUUACAUAAUCUCAGGUUGGCCAGCUGUCUUGGAUUCCCUUUAUUUUUUUUAAGGAUUGCGAAUUUGUACAGGGACAGAUUUCCUUUUUUAAAAAAAGGGUACAGCAGGUGUGCUUAUCAUUGCAAUUCUUUUUUGGUGGCUGGGGAGCAACGCAGCAACCAUUUUGUAGAAGACUCCUAAGCUGACUGGCGCAAACCAAAUGCCCAAGUUUUCCUUCCUCCCUGAGAGAAAUCGAAAAUAUUCCGUGCAAACGUCUCCCUGGCUUAUUACACUGGCUGUUAAAAGAGUUUCCCAUUGUUGGGCUAACAAGAUGGUGACCUCAGGUUGUCUCAAAGGGCUUGUUUGGCUCUCAGGUUUAAGCUUUGCGCAACUCUCUCCUUUUCAUGUCCUUGAGGUUUAUCCCUGAACAUUUCCACCCUGGCUUAAAGAAAAUGAAUUGAGCCAUUUGAUCAGUUAGCUACAAGUGGCUUUGUGUAUUAUUAUUAUUUUGGAAACCAUGUCGUGAAGCAUGUCUUAAGAGGAACGAUUGGCAGCGAUUUCCACGUUCCCCCUAUAAUGUUGCCAAAUUACGAGUGUAUUGUGUGUUUUUGUUGCAUAAUAGUUUAGCCCAUCUAUCUCAAACCAACCCCCUCCAGCCCCAAAACAUUGCAUCUUCCUCUCCCAGCUUCUUGCGGACGAGGAGUUCUUGAAUAAGAAAACUCACCCUGAUUUAGCUCCCCCUGCAGCCGCAAACGUCACUGAGCCAGGACAUAGCUACACCCGUUCCUUGAGUGCUUUUAAGUGACCCGCGGUCCUGCCCCAGUUUCAGAAAUCCCACUGAAGGGAAAGGUGCAAGUCGAACGAUGGAACCUAACAGCUAAAAGUUUUGCAUAUAUGGAAAUUUGCUGUGGGAGCGGUCGUCUCCGCCUCCCCAGGCAUAAUGAAAAUUUGUGGAUUUCAUUAUCUUAACCCUGUUCCUCCUUUUUUAAAAGGGUGCUUGGUGUAAUAUAGAAGGUUUUCUUGUGGUUUUUUAAAAAAAGAAAUCACAGCUCACGAUCAACGCUGCUUGCUUUUUUCUUUUAAGUUCCAAAAUCGGGUACAUGACACUUUUAUCUGCCUCGUCUUUUUAUCUGUAGCAUUUUUGUGUAGUGCAAACGAUCCAUUUCCGGAAUAACAUAAGCUCUUCUAUUUCUCCCAGUGCAUGAUUUAAAAAAUAAAGAAGCAUCAUUAUUAGUGUGGCAAGCAAAGUGUGAACCCACAUCACACGCAGUGACUGGCACGCCUACGGCCCGGGCUGCCGACCCUUCUUACAUCCCACUGACUGACUUUUAUAGGUUUACUGAAAAUUUCCGUUUCGUUUCUGUUUAUAAUUUAAUUUAUUUUUUGGUUUGGUUUUCUUUUCCCCUGUUGCGUGGAGUUUCUAUACUUUCGCCUAAUUCUAACGAAAACCCAGCCAAAUUCGAUUCUUUAUAUAUAUAUAAAAAACGCCAUUGCUUUAUUUGUGCUAACGUUUCCGAAGGAAGGUUGAAAGGAUUCUCGCCGAGAACGGUUUUGGUUUUCUCUGUUUUUUUAUUUCGUUUUUUUUAAAAAACGCUUCGCCGUAUAUUGAGCAACUUUCCCACCCCACGAGGUCAUUUUAAGAAGGAACAGUGGAAAGAUAUUCGGAGCUUUUAUGUUGAGACGCAGCUCUCCUUUCGCCCGUAAGUUGAAAUAGUCCGUGUACGUUCAGGGUGGGUGCCAUCUGCAGUCGUUAACGCCAGUUUUGCAAUCGAGUUCAGUGAGCUGUAAAUGGCACCCUCCCUCGGCUUCCCUUUUUAUCUCUAGUGUAACCUUAUUUUUUCCUUUCUUUUUCCUUUUUUCUAAUAAAGUCGUCUGCCUGUGCAAACAGAAGGCUUUUAAUCGGUUCCCACCCCCCCCAUACUGUACAGUAUAUAUGCUUAAGACUUUUUUUUGUAUAUUUAGCGUGUUUUUAAGUUAUUGAUUUUGUUUUAUAUCAAAUAAUUUAUUUUUCAGGUACCACUUUUUUCAUUUUAACUUUGUUUUUAACAUGGGUUUACUUUAAAUAAAGUAUGACGCUGCUAUCCAGA